AUGUUGUCGACGUUGGGACAAGGCGACUUUGAGUUGGCGGUGCGGCAACAGCCAAAGUAUGCCUGUGUUGCCAUAGGAAAGGGUAAAGAACGGAAACCGAUCGACCCACCACCCAUUGUACAGCUCAUGGUCAAUCCCAGGAAAGACCCAGCCAGGACCUUUCUCCAGAACCCAUAUUUGAUCCUGACGGCCAGGCUCAUCCGCAAGGGCGACGAGGACCAAGACGAGCAGACGGGACCGAAAGAGAGCGAUCUGACAGGGACGCUAGUAUCAUCUCUCUACAGCCUCAAAGACACAGACAACAGCCAAGGCGGCUUCUUCGUCUUUGGCGACCUGUCUGUGAGGAGAGUAGGCACAUACAGGCUGGCGUUUAUCCUCUACGAGCUCAAACUGGCCGAGAAGGAGUGCUGGCUCCUCUCCCGAACCGUGUCUGACCCCUUCGUCGUGUACGCCACCAAGACCUUUCCAGGGCUGGCCGAAUCCACAUUCCUCACCCGCUCAUUCAGCGACCAAGGCGUGCGCCUCCGCCUCCGAAAGGAUUCCCGCACCGUCUCGACCAAGAAACGGAGCAUCAGCCAAGCCGACCAGAUCCGCGCAUCCCAGGCGAUCCACGGCUACCUGCCACACGACGCCCACCACGACCUCAGCCCCAACGGCCAUUCUCCCCACCACCUCCGCCGCCUUAGCAGCCUGCCCGACCAAGCUCAGCUGGACCGCUCCCGCGCCUCCAUGGGCUCCCAAGGCAGCUACUACUCCGAGUCCCCACAGAUGCGCCCGGGCGAGUACACGCCAACCUCGUACGGUUACGCCGUCUACGACCACCCAGAACCGAAACCCCCGCACAAGCGCCCGCGCAUGGACGGCGGCACCUCCCCAAACAGCCCGCACACAUCCGGCGGCUACGACACCGACGCAACAGCCUACCAUCCCUACGCGCACCACCACCACCACUCCAACUCGCACGCCGGGCCCCGCACCCUCCCAGAUACAACAACCCUCGGAUCAAUAUACCCCUUAACCGUGACGACAACAAGCUACGCGGUCGCGACCCAGCCAGCCCUCACCAGCUUGCCACACAUGCCCCCCCACACGGCCGGGCCCUAUCCCUCCAUCCCACGACUGGACACAACAACAGCGGCAGCGACCACCAACCUCCCGCCGCAUUCUCCCGCCAUUGGGCCCGGGUCCGCGACAUCGGCUUUUCCCCCGACUGCUGGGGCCGCUGGUGGCGGCGGCGGCAGUAGCAGGAGGAGUCCCACCACCGCCUCGGCGGGGGGACAUUAUCAUAACCCGUAUUCGGGGCAUCAUCAUGCUCAUCAUCAUGCUGCUGCUGCUGCGGCGGCCAUGUUUGUGUCUGCGGCGCCGACUAAUAGUCUGCCGUAUCACCCGGCUGCUGCGGCUGCUGCUCAUGCUCAUGCUCAUCAUGUCUCUGUUGCCGGGCAGGGGACUGGGUUGGGGAUUGGGGUGGGCGGGUUGGAGUUGGAUGGCGUGGACAGGCAGUGA